AACGAUAUCCAGGAAGAGCUUUUUUCUGACUUUCUGAUAUGAAACUGUUUGAGCAUCAAGAAAUUUCUCAGGAUGAAGGUUUUCUGCAACACCCUCCUCCCACAAACCUGGCACCCCACUGUCAUUGGUGAAGCUAAAAACCACAGACUGUGUAUUCAGAGUAACUCUAUGCCAUUUAAGAAAGCAAGAGCCAAAGAAAACUAUUGAAGGAUGAAGUCCUUUCCAAAUAUUUUCUUGGCAAUUUUUCUCUUUGAUGCCAUUAUGGCUGCUCCUACAAUGAGUUCUAUAAAUUAUGACUCUGAAACAUAUGAUGUUACAUUGGAAGAUCUGGAUAUCCUAUAUGACUAUGAUGAGAAUCUGUCUGUUGAUCAGACACAGACAGAAAUUGGAACUAUUUCACCAUCCAUAACAGGGGAGAUUUAUUUACCUCCACCUUUGCCAGAAGACACAGAAGAAGAAGAAGCUUCCACGCCCAAACUCAUUGAUGGGUCUUCACCCCAUGAACCAGGAGUUCUUAGCCCUCAUACACAUGAAGGCCUCCCAACUUGUCUUCUCUGUACCUGUAUGAGUACUUCUGUGUACUGUGAUGAUCGUGAACUCGAGGCUCUUCCACCUUUGCCCAAGGAAACCACCCAUUUCUACUCCCGCUACAAUAGAAUAAAGAAGGUCAACAGAGAUGACUUUGCUAACCUAAGCCACUUAAAAAGGAUUGAUUUGACUUCUAAUUUUAUAUCUGAAAUGGAUGAAGAUGCCUUCAGAAAUCUGCCACAACUUCAGGAGCUGAUACUUCGAGAUAAUAGGAUAAGGCAGCUUCCAGAAUUACCACCAACUCUGACUUUUAUUGAUAUUAGUAACAACAUACUGGGUCGCAAGGGGAUAAAGCAGGAAGCAUUUAAAGAUAUGUCACAGUUGCACUAUCUUUACAUCACUGAUAACAACUUAGAUCAUAUCCCACUUCCACUCCCUGAAAAUCUUCAAUCACUUCAUCUUCAGAAUAACAACAUACAAGAAAUGCAUGAAGAUACUUUCUGCAAAAUGAAAGAUUAUUCAUAUAUCCGUAAAUCCCUUGAAGACAUCAGGCUAGAUGGCAAUCCUAUUAAUUUGAGCAAAACCCCUUAUGCCUAUAUGUGUCUUCCUCGUUUGCCUGUAGGGAGUCUUUUUUAAAUUUGGACAGUAAUAAAAAUGUCAGCAAACAUAAUUUCUUUUGCAAGUAAGCAUAUAAUAUUUGAAAGCUCAUAGUAUUGAUCUGCAGUAUUAUGACUUAAUUUAGAUAAAAAGGAGUAAAUACUGGUAGCUGAAACACAAAGUACUGAAUAGAAAUUAAGUAUACUAUGCAAUACAUAUUAAUUGAUGUUAAAAGAAAAAAUAUAUAAAAGUUGUUAAAAUAUAUAGGGCUGAUAAUUUUUCCUAGUUUACACUUUCAUCUACUUUAUUAGUGAAGCUAUAUAAUGAAUGUACAUAAUAAGUGAUCCAUGCUAACUUGUUCUUAAUUAUAUUCUAUGUUCUAGCUCCUGAUAUAUGAAAUGUUUUUUUCUCAUUUUUUUCAUCACAAGGAUUUAAAUUCUGGUAAAUGAAACCAACAGUUAAUUUAAUCCAGCAGCCUCCUCCCCAUAUAUAGUCACCAGAUGAGAAACUGGGUUAUUUUAUGAAAUAUUAAUAAUAAAUAUAAAUAUACCCUUGUAUAAUAUAUCAAUGUUGCCUUGCACUAGAAAUAAAAUGUGGAAACAGUAAGUAAAUUAAAAGUAUACUUAAAAAUGUGGUGUUUUGUAGUAAUCAUUGAACAAGAUAAUAACAAAGAAAGACCAUGUUCUGCUUUGCAUAUCUCUAUGAAGCUUAUCACUUGUCUCUGAUUAGAAACAUUUUUCUGUUAAAAUUAUAUUUUCAAAAGUGUUGAAUUAUCCUGAUACUAUGGAAAUAAUUGAAGAAAUAUAGUAGGCAGUUUGAAAGAAUUGUAUGAAAUGUUGUUCUUUGUAUGUUUAAUAAUGCCAUGGGGUGAUGAUGCACUAUGUUUUUAGAAUAUGCUUAAAUGAGCAUCUACAAAAAUAUCUUGUCCUCAUCAUUUGACUUAUCUUUUCAUUUCAGUCACAUACAUUCCUCACUGACAUUCAAUUGCCUAAUAUCCACCUCAAGGAUCUUUGGUAUCUUUGACAAUAUUCCUCUAGAAGUAGAUUUUUGAAAUAAAGCAGUGCAUAAUUUCACACAUUACAAAGUAACAAACCAGGUGUCACCAAAUGUUUAACUGGCAGCCAAUCUAUUGCAUUUAUUUUAUGUUUCCCUUAUACCUUUGUUCAUCUGCUUGUCACAUUCAUUCCAAUGGCCAUGAAGCUUCUUUAAAAUGAAAUAUCAAAUAAAAUAAUAUUAAAAAUA